GCAACUGCAACUGCAACUGCAACUGCAACACCCACAUCUCUAGAAGUAAAACCACGAGCUCUCCAUUUUCCCCCAAACCUUUCAAUCAAGCUCUCCUCUUUAUGUCCUCACCUUCAUCUCCAAAACGACCAUGCGGAGCCCCGAUCCGAAACUGGACGGAGCUCCCGGAGGACGUCACGGCUGCGAUCCUCUCCCGUCUCGGAGCCAUCGACAUCCUCGAGACGGCUCAGAAGGUCUGCAAGACGUGGUACAAAGUCUGCAAGGACCCUCUCAUGUGGCGCAUCGUCGACUUCCGCGACGAUGAUCUCCACAAAGUUCAUGACUUGGGGAAGAUGUGCCGCUACGCCGUUGAUCGGAGCGAUGGGAAAUUGGCUAGUAUCAAUCUCGAUUCCUUCGCCACCGAUGAGCUCCUCAACUACAUCACUGAUAGUUCAAGUGAAAUCAGAUGUCUACGACUUGUGCGUUGCGACAUAACAAGUGAGGGACUGAGUGCAGUGUCUUCAAGACUUCCACUGUUGGAGGAACUUGAAAUUUCACAUUGCUCGCUCUCACAUGAAACUCUGGAAGUGGUUGGGGCCUCUUGUCCUCUUUUGAAAUCACUGAAACUCAACAGUCGAUGGUACAGUUUCGCCCAUGAGGAGUGUAACAAGCAUGCACUUGCUAUAGCAGGAACAAUGCAUAAUUUACGCCACCUCCAAAUUUUUGCGAAUAAGCUGACUAAUGAUGGCUUGCGGGCUAUACUUGAUGGUUGUCCUCCACUUGAGUCACUUGAUCUGCGCCAGUGUUACAAUCUUAAUCUGGAGGAAGAUUUUGAGAAAAGAUUGGUGGAACGAAUUAAACUAUUACGGCUUCCUGAUGAUUCAACUGAUGACUAUGAGUUUGAUGCUACGGUUCUCGAGUACGGAUCAGAUAAUGCAGAGCCUGAAGUCGAUUUUUUUGACGAAAUGUUCAUGGUAGAUGAUGCAGAUGGUGAAGUCUUCCCCUGGAAUGGUUUCGUUGAGUUUGAGGAUUUCUAUUACUUUUUGUGAAACUGGGAUCUAGUGCUCUUGAGUUUAAGGAUAAUUAACAGAAGAGCCUUUAUCCAUCCAAAGGGUCUAUAGUUUCUCUGCAGAAGGCCUAUUUCUUUCUGAGUUGCGAAGAACAGAGAUAUUGUUGCCUUUUUUCUUUUGUGUGUUGUGUUGUAACAUGUAAGAGAAAGGUUGCUAUUAGCAAAUCUGUAUUGUCCAGGAUACAAAGAGUUUUAGCUUGUUUGAUUACAGAUUA